AUGCCAACUGUACGUGGCACAUUGUCAGUGAAAUCAGUAGUAUCUGGUGAUAGUACUGUUAGAACGUCUACCGGCGAGUCAACGCCUCUUAUACGUGUACAUCAAAAAUUUAUAUUUAACGCCAUUCCUACUGAACCGGCUGUAAUGCCUGGGACUCGAUUCAAUUUUCCUACGAAUAUGAUACCUCCUGUAUCGACUCAGAUUCAAAUAUCGAUUGAUUCCACCGAUUAUACAUUUAACGGACCUAAUCCGGAACUAGCAGCAUUUCCGCAAUGUCCAACUACAAGUUCAUUUUCUAUAUCGCAACCUGUUACCCAAAGUCAACAAUUGUCUACUUCAUCAUCUAUUCCUCUGGAAUGCGCGUUUAAUUUUGAUUCGUCACCAGGAGAUCAUACAGCUGAACCUGGUUCAAUCCAGUCCGAAGGAUUUAAUUUUAAUCCCAAUACUAGACCAUCGUUCCGUUUUAGUGUUUAUGAAUUUAAGUAUCUACAAAAUAUAAAAUUAUUUUACACAUUAAUAGCAGGAUCUUUUUUCCAUAAAAAAAUGUGUUGCCAUGUGUUGUUUUAG